ACUCAGCUAAAAUUCUACAAAAUUAAUAAACAAAAAAUAAAUCAAUCGGAAAGCUCGAACUUGUAUAGCCCGAGGUGGCUCUAGGCAAAGCAGACAAGUUGCUUGUAACAACAACAUCUUCAACGCUUACAAGCUUCAGCGCAGUGUCAUUGAACCUUGGUGAACAAGCGAUGACAGCGAAAAUCAGACAAACAACAACAAAAACAAGGCAACAUACAUAUUUGCUAUUUGUUGUAAUAAUAUUGUGUGGAAACGCUUUUGGCCCAGCAGCGGCACAACCAGAAACAGCAGAAGAAGCAUUCGAAGCAACUAUUUUGAAGACAACAAAUGAUCAUAAUGAUUUGGAUCAAUAUUUGGAGACGCAGACGGUGCUCAUUGGAACGCUGCGCGAAUAUAUCCGAGAAUUGCAACAGAAAAUUGAGGUUAUAAAGAGCAAAACAAAUGAAAUCAAAACCAUCAACGAUAUCGCACACACCGAUGUUCAUAAAUAUGUGAGUAAUCCCUUGAACGCAUUGACCAUCCUCAAACGUUUCACAACCGAUUGGCAGAGUCUACGGAAAUAUGCCGAGAAUGUUGACAGCACAACAGAAAUCGUACAAAAUCUUACAAAUAGCAGGAAAUCAUUAAAAUUCCCAAGCGAAAGUGAUUUCGACGAGGCAGCCGACAAUGUGCUGCGCAUACAAGGCAUCUACCAACUGGAACCCAAGCGUUUGGCGGAAGGUGAAGUGAAUGGUGUAAAGUUAGGCUCUGCCAUGUCCUGGAGCGAUUGUUUGGAAAUUGGUCGUAAAUACGUGCAAAAUGGUGAUUUUACGAUAGCGAAAUAUUGGAUGAAUGUGGCAUUGGGCAAGUUGCCUGUCGCAGAGCUGAUGAAAGCGCUGACGAUGACGAAUGACACGAAUGAAGUAGCGGCACAGGAGCCGAGCGGCGGGAGUAAUGCUGUUGUGGAGAAUGCGCGCUUUGAGAUUAUGGAGGAGUUGAUGGCAACCGAAAUGAGUAUGGGUAACCUUGAUGUUGCGCUCGAUAUUGCUGACGAAAUGUUGCAACUUUAUCCGAAAAAUAAAAAUCUCCAUAAAAUCAAAGCAAAAAUUGAAAAGAAAUUGCAAAAGACGCAGCGAAGCCCCAAGCAAAAAGAGAAGGCAAAGCAGAAGAAGACGGAAAAAUUGCGAAGUGACAAAUCCGUUGAAGAAUUGCUGAUUGAGCAGAUUUGUCGUGAGACAGCAAAUAUUGGCGUCGCCAGCGCCAGCGCCACCAGCAGUCAUAUCACCACCAACAGUCGCGCACAAGAUUGUCGCCUCGUUAACGGUAAUCUGCCUCAGCUGACACUGCAGCCACUCGAAGUGGAGUUCUUAAGUUUGGAUCCUUACAUUGUCAUAUACCAUAAUGUCUUGCGCGCACAAGAAAUCAACGAUUUGCAAAGACUUAUCGACCACGAGGAGGAGAAGGUGACUCUGGCCUCUAAACAACUCAAAUUUACUAAACUCGCACAAAAGAAGCUUUCGACAAGUCUUGCUAAACGUCUGCAAUUCGCUACCGGGCAUGCUUCGGCCGUAUUCAACGAAUGGCAAGUACAGCGCUGGUCCUAUGAGGAUGCUGUGCACACAGAGCCGCUACUGUCAGCGACAACACAAACUCAGGCGAAUGUGCUCUUCAAUUUACACACACCCAAACUGGGUGGCGGUAUUGUCUUUCCGCAAUUGGAAAUGGGUAUAAGGCUGCCGGCGAACGCUGUGCUGUAUUGGACGCAUCUGAAUGAGUACCAUGAAUACGAUUAUCGGAGCAAACAACAUGUCUGUCCGGUGGUUGCGGGCGCACAAUUGACCGCUUACAGCAGCGUUCGUGCUUGAGAGAAAUGGGAUAUGCUUACUCGAGAUUUGCAGUUGUACUCAAAUAUUUGGUAUUAUAUAUGCGACUAUAGAAAUUUAUAUGUGUGUCACCAGUGGAUUGUGGCAUCCUCUCCAUGAUUACCAAGAUUGAUUUUGUUUUUGUACAAAUUAGAAUUUCAAUCAUUUGUUAAAGUAAAUUCUGAUGCGCUUGGUACAUAUGCUAAUCAGCUGGUUUCGAAAACUGGCUUUUGCUUGUGUUAUUGCGAUACAAUUUAACCGUUAAACUCGUAUUUUUGCUUUACUAAGUCCAUUAAUUUAAUUGUUGAAAGAUA